GAUGUGCAGGCGCUUGACUGUGAGAGCGAGGUUGACGUUUGAGGAUGUGCGAGAAAAUUCACCUAUUAGUGCGUCUUCCAGUGUAAUUCAUCCUGUUUUAAAGAAUGUGAAGCCAACAAAACACAGGAAGGGUGACGCUGCUAAGUUUAAAGGAAGGCUGUUUUCGUUUUUAACGCACAAUAGUCGUUAAAUGUCUUUCGGUUUGUUUAAGUUAGGAGCUAUUCGGCCGGUUUAGCAUCUGAUGCUACAAGUAAUGUCGGAGGAUAAUGUGUAUUCUAGAUGGACAGAGUCGUAUUUCAACUCUGAAUAAAGACCGAAGGAGGACAUGAUUGCAGAUGCCACAGCUGCUGACACACCCGGGCCUUCAGAGCACAAUGACAGCUCUUACAUCGAGGUCAUCUCCUCCUCGUCUGUCCGCUAUUCGGAACCAGGCGAGGGCCCAAAGAAGAAUGGGGGGCAAAGAAAAAGACCUCACACUGGGUUGGAGAACACCAAAAGCAAAGAGGCUAAAUUCGGCUGCAGCUCUGUCGACAGCGGCAGCAAAGAGAAGAACGAGAAGCCUGUCACCCUGCUGGAGGUGCUCAGCAUGGGCAGAGCUGCGAUGGAGGUGGUGAUUGAUGAUUGGAUCCAGGCCUACAUGGUGGACAGAGACUCAUGUCUCCUCGAUCUCAUCGGCUUCUUCAUCCAGUGUUGUGGGUGCAAAGGUGUCAUCACGGCAGAGAUGUGUGAGAAUAAAGAAGAGAGUCAUGUAAAGCAGAAGCUGGUGGAGAAAUAUGACGAGGAUUCUGGUCUGCAGUAUAAGAAAGUCUUGGCUUUUCCAUGGAUCCUUACAGUCACAUGGCCCACAGAUAAGGAGAAUUCAGAAUAUCCCCUCAUACAGACUGGACCGUACGGUCGCUGGUUCCACGCCGACUUGAGUGAAUUUCUCUCAGUGUUCGUCACUCAGUGCCAGCAGACCAUCAUCUUUGACGGCUACCUAAUGAACUCUGUGUUGUCGCUGCUCUCUGAGCUCUCCAACUCCUACAUCGUGGCUUUCAGACACACGUGUACUCUGGCAGCGGUGAAAGUGCUGAGCUCGUUAAUAGCUGUGGCGGAAGGUCUUCAAGUGGCCAUUAAGAACGCGGAGAGGCAGCAAAAGGGGAGGAAGUUCAAGAGACAGAGAAGCUCCCUGCUGAGGACCUUACGGGAGAGGAUCACGCGGCUGCAGGAGAACAAGGCCGAAGUGGAGGGCAUGAUGGACGUGGUCUUCAAAGUGGUUUUUCUCAAGCGAUAUCGUGAUAUACAUCCUGAAAUCCGCUGUAUUUGCAUGGAGGAGUUUGGUGUGUGGUUGAAGACCUACUCCUCUGUGUUCCUCAAUGAUAGUUACCUCAAAUAUUUGGGAUGGGCGCUUUAUGAUAAGGUAGCAGAGGUGCGUCUCAGGGCUGUGGUGGCUCUGCAGCGUCUAUGUGAAGACCCUCGAGUUCUGCCUGAGCUGGACCUGUUCUCCAGCCGCUUCAAGGGCAGAAUAAUCUCAAUGACUCUGGACAAAGACCAUGAGGUUUCUCUUCAGACCAUGAAACUGCUGGUAAUCAUCUCCAGAACAUCUGAGGACUUUCUCACUCCAGUCGACUAUAAGAAAAUCCUCAACUGUGUUUACGCCUCUCACCGCCCUCUUGCUGCAGCUGCUGGAGAGCUGCUCUUCUCAUGGCUUCUCAAAACGACAGUCCAGACAGAUAAGCUGAACAAGGCAGAGGCUCAGAGACAGCAAAUGCUGCAGAGGCUGAAAGCUCUGGUACAGUUUCAUCUGAGCUCUAAGUUGCACACGCACGUGGUUUACCUGGUGGACGGGUUGUGGGACUGUGCUGGAGCCCUGUUGAAGGACUGGCCAGCCAUCACAUCCAUACUGCUGAGUGCAGCAGGUCUGAGUCAGAAGCAGAAAGCAGUACUGGCAGAGAUUCUCGUAGCCUCCGUGCACCAGGCUGCAGAGAGAAGGACACUUCCUGGGAGGAUUGGCCCGAGAAAGGCAAUGACCAUCAAAGAUAAGAGGGUCCGGGUCAGCGACUGUAACACACUCACUCAACAUUUUCUUCAGGUGCUUCCACAGCUGCUGUCGAAGUUCUCAAGCUGCCCGUCGAUGGCGGCCUCACUGAUGUCCAUCCCUCAGUUCCUCAACGCGGCAAGUCUCACAUCUGAAAACACUCAGCUCCUGUCGAGCGUGUUGUCGGAGAUGGAAGCAGUGCUGAAAGUCCAGUCGCACCCGGAUGUUCUGGAGGCGGCAGCUCGGUCCUUCCUGAGUCUAUGUGAGGAGCAGGAGGUCUGGAGCGCCGUGGCCAGUCCUGCCCGAGACUCACUAGUGCAGAGCUGGGUGGAUCAGCUGAGCAGGCUGCUCACAGACUCAGUCCAGGGCGACAGUUUCACUGCUGACAAAGCAACAACAUCGGAGAUCUCACGCUGCCUGAAGAGGCUCCAAGCUUUCUACAACUGCCAUGACCUGUCGCGCUGGCAUCUCUGGGAGCUGCUGUCUCCACUCCUGCCCACCGAGCACGCCCAGACUGGACCCCCCGCUGAGAUUCUUCUGGAGGUCCUGCAAUGCUGCUGCUUCUCCCUCUUGUGGUCACUCUGCAGGAGUGACGACACGCUGACACCAAGCGAAGCCAAAGAGGAGCAGCUACUCCAGCUCGCCCAGUUCUGCGAGCAGUGUUGUGUCUGUCUCUCACACUCGGACUGUCGCGUGAAGAAGCAGUCUUUCCUGUGUGUGUGCGACGUUCUGGCCGCUCACUCCUCCCAGCUGCGCGGCUCCUGCACCCCCUCCUCAUGCCCUCUGCCCUAUCGGCCCCGGCCAGAGUUGCAGGCCGCACUGGUGGACUUCGCACGCGCCAAUAUCUUUGUUGACUCCCAGUCCAGCCAGUGCAAAGAGGGCUCCAGGGCCGAGAGGCUGGGCUGCAGGAGACGCCAGCUGGUGGCGCUGUGCAGGCUCAUCGUGGACGGAGUGCUGGAGACCCACAUCGCAGCGCAGGUCCUCAUGUUCUAUGUGAAGUUUCACUCUGACUUGGGCGACAUCAUCCGGGAGACGAUCCUCAGGACAAAGCGCAGCGAUGAGGUGGAAGGCGCUCGGAUGAUGGCGCAGUGUCUGCAGCAGCUCUUCACGCAAGUCAAGCGGCAACAUGGCGGGAAGCUGGAUUCGCAGGAACAAGCGUUCGGCUGCGUCAAGGAGCUGGCGAGACGCUUCACGCUCCUGCAUGGAGACCACCACUCACCCGGUGUGGCCUCCAUCCACAGAAUGGGUUUAGACUUCGCUCUGAGAGACGGCCCCCGAGCUACAGCGCCACCCAACAUCGACUACCUGCUGGUUCUCACCGAGUUUUCCUGCAAACUCUCGCCCGCCGACAAGACCACCAUCCUCUCACACCUGCAGGAGCUGCUGGCAGAAUUCCCCGGGGACCUCACACACCACAGCUGGAACCCUGUGGGGACCUACCGGACCUCUCUGCUGACUCCAGGCGACCACCAGGAGACGAGGCGUCCAGAAGACGCAGGUGUUGUCGUCGCACAAGGUGCUUCUGAAGUAGGCGACGGAUGCAACGUUGAUCGAAGCGCUGCAGAGAACAAGAUGGACCAGGACCGCGGCUCUGUGGGAAACUGUGAAGGCAUGUAACCUACACAUGAAGCUCAGAUGUUGGAACACAGCAGCGGAUCCUUUGGCUCACUCAGUCAAACCUUCUUCUCUUGUUACCUCUGGAUUUCAAGCUCGCAACUGUAUCAUUGUUUCCUGAUGCACUGUGAUCUGGACUUGUAUCGUCAACGCGGGUCUUGACCACUAGAGGGCGUGUAUCGUUUUGAGCUAUUGGAAAACCCUCCUCUUCUCCGACCUGCUAAACAUAUCGCUGAGGCAGCGUGUUUCUUCUCACCGACAUGGAUUGAAAGGAUGUCAUCGAAUGACGUCAACACGACAGACUUCUUCAUUCAGACGGAUGUAGCUUGACUGGAGUUGGAUGUAGCUCGGAUAUUUGCGCUGCUAACAUGGUGACAUGACCGGCGUCCUCAUUUUCAGAGCUCAGUAAGUGGCGCUCUCUGCUCAAAAGGGUGUGUGGUUUCUAUAAAAUGGUUAGGCAACGUCACUGAGGGCUCUGAAUACGAAGACACUUGCCAACUUUAGUGCUGAAAUGUUGUUUUGGAAGUAAAUACUUUACUAUUAUAGACGCACACUUCCUGCUUGUAGAGGCAGGUCCAACAUUAUGGUGCAUUUGUCCUUUGAUCUACUGUCAGGAACAUAAGUGAACAAUUGGAUCUUGUACUGUUGCAGUUGGUUAUGAGACACAAUGAGAGACACUGUAACCUCACAGGCCACACAUUUCUCAUGGUGCAGUUGUGACCUGUGACUUUUACCUUCAUCUUGUUGCAAAGUUUAAGCUGAAUCUCCACUGUUUUUUUCUGAGACUGCUGUGUCAGCAAGGCGUUCAGGGCCCUGUGGAACGGUGCUACAACAGGACGUGUCAGAUGAACCUUUGUCCUCCUGUAACUGUCACUCACAUGUCCCUGCUGUUCCAGAUCACAACUUUAUUCAUUAAAGAAACAAACAUUGAAAAUUG